GGCGCCCGGGGAAUGAAAAUUAGGUCUUCGAUAAAACUCUUCUGUGAUGGUUGUUCUGUGGUGAGACGAAAAGGAAAACUGUAUGUGAUUUGUUCAAAAGACCCAAAGCACAAACAGGUCAGUGUAACAUUUUUAGUCAUACACCCUAGUCUCUGA